GAUUGGCUCGUCUGAUGCGAGGAAUUAACAGGGGCCUCGUCCAAUCUGAGCUCCGGAUGCAGCUCCGCGCUUGGCGAAAAAAAAAAAAAAAAAAAAAAACCUCUCUCAUGAUAACCCAGGCACAGUGAUGUGAAAGUGGCAACGUGAGGUGAGCCCGGAGGAAAUUACUGGACUAAAAACAAGGCGCGAGCGAUGAAGGGAUUAUUUUAAAUAAUAAUAUUAAAAAAAACAAACCUAAACUAAUAAAUGAAAGAUGAUGUUUUAGGUGUUUGAAAGGAACCGAAGAGAGAAAGUAUGGUUGGUUUGUGCAUCACGCAGCCCUGAAAUCUCUUCCCUCUCUUCUUCUGUUGGAUUGUGGAUUGGUGACAGCAUCCCGACCCAGGACUCAGGACCGGAACAGUUCUUUUUUUCUUUUCUAUUUCUUUUUUUUUUUCUUCUUCUCUCCUCUGGUGGAUUGAGGGUUGGGGGGAGAAUCUUCCACUUUUCACCCCGGCAGAGCUCAUCAACCAGGAGCCAAGACGUUGUUCCGCGUAGAGCCGCCUUGCCCCAGUCCGAGCAGCGCAGUCCGUGCAGCGGGGAGGUCGGCACUCGGCGUCUCACGGGCCGGCAACAUGAUGGUCCUCUGCGCCGGCUGCGAGCGGCCCAUCCUGGACCGGUUCCUGCUCAACGUGCUGGACAGAGCCUGGCAUGCCAAGUGCGUCCAGUGCUGCGAAUGCAACUGCAACCUGACCGAGAAGUGCUUCUCCCGGGACGGAAAGCUCUAUUGCAAAAUGGACUUUUUCAGGCGCUUUGGCACAAAAUGCGCGGGCUGUCUGCAGGGAAUCUCGCCGAGCGACUUGGUGCGCAAAGCCCGCAGCAAGGUGUUCCACCUGAACUGCUUCACCUGCAUGGUGUGUAACAAGCAGCUGUCCACGGGAGAGGAGCUCUACGUGAUCGACGAAAACAAGUUCGUGUGCAAAGAAGAUUACCUGAGCUCCGGGGCCAUUAAGGAAGUCAACCUGAACUCAGUCUCGUCGUGCACAGAUAGGAGUUUAUCGCCGGAUCUCCAGGACCCGAUACAGGACGACAUAAAGGAGACGGACAAUUCCACAUCCUCAGAUAAGGAAACGAACAAUAUUGAAAAUGAGGAGCAGAACUCCGGGACCAAGCGGCGGGGGCCCCGGACCACCAUCAAGGCCAAGCAGCUGGAGACGUUAAAGGCGGCGUUCGUGGCCACGCCGAAGCCGACGCGGCACAUCCGGGAGCAGCUCGCGCAGGAGACGGGGCUGAAUAUGCGAGUCAUCCAGGUUUGGUUCCAGAACAGAAGAUCCAAAGAGCGGCGAAUGAAGCAGCUGAGCGCCCUGGGGGCCCGACGCCACGCCUUCUUCAGGGGCCCCAGGAGGAUGAGGCCUCUAGGAGGCAGGCUGGAGGAUCCGGACAUUUUAGGACCUGGGCCCUACGGUUACUAUGGAGAAUACCAAGCCGACUACUACGGACCAGGGAGUAACUACGACUUCUUUCCCCAUGGCCCUCCGUCCUCUCAGGCCCAGUCUCCGGCCGAGUCCCCCUACAUCCUGGGCUCUGGGCCCGGAGCCAUAGAAGGGUCCGGACACCACCCAUCAGACGACCAAAGGUACACGGACAUGAUCUCUCACGCGGAAACCCCCAGUCCCGAACCGGGCUUACCGAGCUCCCUUCAGCCGGUCCCCGGGGACGCAUACGGGGGCGGACCCAGUCCCCCUUUCUCCUUGGCCAGUAACUCCAGCUACAGCGCUCCCAUGUCCCACCAGGGCCAGGAGAUGGGCGAAACAGGCGCCUGGUGAAAGGACAAAGUGACAAUACAAACCAGGGACCAACCAUGGGCCGAAUGUCUGCCCGGCUAAUUCAGGAGACGUAUCAACAUCGUCGUCAGAAGGGGAAAGUACAGCUGAAAUGUCUACAGAGAACCUUUUAAAAUCAGAGACUCAUCUUAACAUUUGAAAAAACUAAUGGAAAGAACGUAACGCGAAGCAGGAAAAAUUUUAUUUUUGCUGCACGGUAGAUGCUCCAAAGCAUAUAUCCCUUGCUGGGUACGGGACUGAAUAAGAGAUUCCAUCCAGCAGAAAUGUUUCUCGCCUUCCCCCUAUCUUCUAAUGCUCUAGGAACACAUUAGUGAGAAACACCAAAGGGGGGACAUGUCUAGUUUUCUUAAUUUCACACCACGUUUAAAGAAAAAAAAUGUUGCUCCAAACCAAUUUCAAUUCUCGCUUUAUGUCUUCGUUGCCACUUAACGACAAUUUUGGACCUCAACGCUCGUAGUCAGAUGCAUCCGUCGCAGUCCAGGCUGUGUAUGUUUAAUCUCAUUUUAAACAUGCUUUUUUUUUUUUUUUUUUUUUUUUUUU